AUUUGUUUUAAUCAUAUUGCCUCUCUUUCCUUAAUUUUUUUUUUUUUUUUGGUUUUUAGAUUCCCUCACACUCUGUCCGAUCCCUGACUCCAAAAUCAAAUUCUACGCUUCACUUCAAAUUCCCCUUCCUUCCUUCCUUCCUUCCUUCCCUCCUCCUGCUGCUGCUUCUUCUUCUUCUUUCCUCUAUGUUUCGUUCCGGCGACGUCGUUCUUCAGCAGAAACUAGGGUUCCAGGUUUUCACUUCUCCGUCCCCAAAUUGCUCAUGCUCUCCGCUACUUUUUCCUCCUCCUGAUUGCUCACGUCGUUGGAUUCCGUAUAAAUGAAGCACCUUUCUCUUGUUUUCGAGUAUCUGCUGUGGAAGCUGACCAAAUAUUAGGUUCUUCGUUUCUUUGCUACUAAUCUUGGCCUUUUUUCAUCUCUCUCAAGUCUAUUUCGGUUUGCAAAUCGAAUUUUUCGCGUCUUGGUAGAGAAUUUUAGAUUGUAUUGAGAUUAGGGUUUGGAUUCUGAAUUACGUCAAGUUGCUGAAUUUCCAGUUUUUUCUUUUCAUUUCUAUUUGAUGUUUACCCUUCGAGUUUAGGGUUUCAUCCGGAGAAUAUGGAGGAAGUUGUUGUAUUGAAAUUAGGGUUUCCGUUUGUAAAUUAAGCAACUUUGUUGGAGUUCAAGUGCUAUGCCUUGGUAUUUCAAGUUCUGGGUUGUGAAAUAAGAUUGUUUGGAAGAUAAUUACUGCUGCUGCUGUUGUUGUAAAAUUGGGGGUGUUGUUAACUUUUGAUUUAUGGGUGGAUUUUAGUCGUUAGCGCAAGUUUUAGCAAACUCUGGAGAUAGUCUGUUGUACAAAAACUGAGAUUUUUAUUUUCUGCAUGAGAGAUGUUUUAUUCACAGUUUAUAUUGGCCAAGAAAGGGCCCUUAGGGACGAUAUGGAUAGCAGCUCAUUUAGAGAGAAAGCUUCGAAAGAACCAGGUCGCUGACACUGAUAUUGGUGUCUCUGUGGAUUCCAUUCUUUUUCCUGAAGUACCAAUUGCACUUAGGUUGUCCAGUCAUCUUCUGCUUGGUGUGGUGAGGAUAUAUUCUAGAAAGGUGAAUUACCUUUUCGAUGACUGCAGUGAGGCUUUGCUGAAGAUAAAGCAAGCUUUUCGUUCUACUGCAGUUGAUUUACCUCCAGAAGAAUCAACUGCACCAUAUCACUCCAUUACAUUGCCAGAGACUUUUGAUCUUGAUGAUUUUGAGCUGCCAGACAAUGAUAUUUUUCAAGGUAACUACGUUGACCAUCAUGUCAGUACAAGGGAACAGAUUACACUACAGGACACAAUGGAUGGCGUUGUUUACUCCACAUCGCAGUUUGGUUUGGAUGAGCGUUUUGGUGAUGGUGACACUUCUCAAGUUGGUUUGGACCUUGAAGAGGACCUCUUCCUAGAUAAGGUUGCAGCAACAGUGCAUGGUGAAAUUUCUGAAAAUGAUGCACAGACACCUGUUGAACCAAUACCAAUGGAUACAAGUCAUGAAGGGAUGACUGGAUCUUCAGAAGACAUGCCAUUGAAUGGUACUAGAAAAAAGACUGAAGGUUUUGCUGCAAAUUUGGAAGGCGUUGACUAUGCUCAGGCUCCAUCUACCCCUGGAUUAAUGGAAGAGCCAAAUGUGUCCAGUGUCAAGGAAGGUCUGGUCAGUGAUGAUCAUUUAGAGCCAGAAGAUCAGAAUUUAGGAGAAUUUGUACAAAUAGAGGGCUUUGAAAAUGCUUCCAGUAAGUCAGACCUUCAUAACAGGGAUGAUGCAAUGGAUUCUGCUUUAGGUGCUCAUUUAAAUCAUUAUUCUAUUGUGUGUGCACCUGCUGAGGGUAGCAGCCGCCUAUAUGUUGAAUUGGAGGUCAAUCAAACAAGGGUGGAGGGAGAUUUACUUUCUACUUCAGUGACUACAGAACAUGAUCCAGCAGAUGGGACUGUUGGCGUACUGGAUGGUUUGGACAAGGUAGAAGAUGCAAAUAAAGUUGUUUCUUGCAAUAAUGAAGAGUAUGUCCCCUCUAUAGAUCAAAUUAAUGGAGAGUAUGACGAAUCCUUAGGAGUUAGGUUGCAAGAAACUGAUGAUGUUGAAAUCAUAAAAAACAUGCAAGAAACACACUCAAAUGGCAAACAUAUUGUGUCAAAUGCUAUCCACUCACUGGAAUUGCCUAGUGCUCUGAAAUCUGUUAAUGUCGAUGGUCAGGGUUGUCAGGGACUGGAGGAUCCUGAAGUAUUGAAUGACAAUUUUAAUAAUGAACAGAUGGCAACUGCUUGCACAAGUGUGCUCCAGACAUGCAAUUCCCAUUUAAGCAAGCCUGAUAGUUCAUAUCAUGAUGUUGGUAAUUCUGUGGUUGCUUCUGACUUGCAAUCAGCAGAUAUUGUACCAUUGUCAUCAGAGUCACUUCAAAGGAAAGAAGGAUUCCAUGCUUCUGGAAAUUCCACUAAGGUGCAAGGUCAAGAGUGCCACAUGACUGGUGUUGUACAAUCAGAGGAAAAUCGGACAUCUGAACCUGCUUUAAGUGGAGAAAUUCAGGCAGAUGGAGGAAAACGAGAGGAUCAACUGGACAAAGCAAUCUCUAAUGAUAACCAGUGUGAAGAUUUGAAUAGUUCCAUGAUUUCUGACUUGCCAGCACCUGAGAAGUUGCUUUUUGCACCCCAGAGGCUUCUGGAUAGGCAACCUGAUUUACUAGUUGAGACACCUGAUAAACAAGUCCAAGAGGGUGAUGAAAGUGGUGCAGGGACAAAAAUUUUUGGGAAAAAGCGGAGUUUUGCUGAAAGUUCUUUAACUGUGCAAAGUAUAAAUUCUGUUGAAUCACUUGGCAUGACCAAAUCAAAGAGAACUGUAAAUUCUAUUCCUGAUGAUGAUGACUUGCUAUCUUCUAUAUUAGUCGGAAGAAGAUCUUCAGUUUUGAAAAUGAAGCCAACUCCACCCAUGCCUGAAGUACCAUCUAUGAAGCGUGCCCGGUUUUCAUCUCGACCUACCACAUUGAAGAGGAAGGGGCUAAUGGAUGAUUCAAUGGUUUUGCAUGGCGAUACUAUACGCCAACAGUUGACUAACACUGAGGACAUUCGUCGCAUGCGUAAAAAGGCGCCCUGUACACGCACAGAAAUUUUGAUGAUUCAGAGGCAAUUCUGGGAAGAGGAACUCUUUAGUGAACCAGUAUUAACUGGCAUGUUAGCGGAACUGUCACAUUUGCACACUGAAGCAUUUGAUUUGAGCAGAACAAGGGUUUCUGAAAAUGAUGAUAAUAAUAACGCUCCUGUGGAAGCAUUGAAUGAUGAAGAUUCUGCCAAGCAAUAUGUUACCCAACAUAGUGAAAUUGAAGGGUCCACAGAACCUGGUAGUUGCAGAAAUGGCUUGGAUAGACAAUCCUAUGAGACUCUCAUUCAGAAUGAUAAUCGCCAGGAUGAAGACCACUUCAGCUCAUAUGAUAUUAGUAAUCAAGAACACAUGAAUGGAAUCACUGAUUUAGCUGAUUAUAGAUCUUUAGAACAUGAACAUUUGGGAAAAACAAGUGAAAUAGAAAUUGAUAAAGUAGAUGCUGAAGUUGCUGAUAUCACAAAUCAUUCUGCUCAGGGUUUGGUGACAUCCCAAAGAGAGCCAGUGUCUGGAGAUAUUUUUGAAAUGCCAAUUGGUACUGUUGAUCAGUCUGAUAUCAUGGACAAAAUGAUUGGUGCAAAUGAUUUUAUACAGAUGGAUGCUUCAAACCGUGAUAAGAUUGAUACACAACUGGUUGAGGAAGUUGCUUCUUUAAGGGACAUAAGCAAUGGCAUGGGGCUUGAUAAUAUUGAAUUUGUAGACCAUUCUGCUGAGCAAAUUAUUGCAACUGGAACUGAAUCGAGGACGGAAGGAAUGCCGUUGGAGGAUAGCAAAGCUGGUGCACCAAUUGAAGUUGGGGAUUUUCAUCCAGAAGGUUCUGCACCUAUUGAUGAUAACUUUAGUUCUGUAAACGUUGACCAAGCUUUGGAUGAGAUUGGAAAUGAUAGGCAUAGGAUUCAUUGUGAGGUUGGAGGUUUGGGUGUGAGCUCAGGGUGCAUUGACCAAAUAUCUAAUCAUUUGUGUAAUGAAGAAUCUAAAAUGGAUUCUACAUAUCUGGUAGGACUUGAUGGGGAUUUCAAAAGCACCUCCAUGAAUGGAGAUUAUACAGUAUGCGAACAAGCUGAUCAUCAGAGCACCAUGGAUAUGCAAAAUACACUGCUUGACCAUGUUACUAUCAGGGAUUGUGGUGAUUUUCAAGAUGAUGCAUUUGCAAAUGAUACAGAGUUCUUGAAUGUAGAUGAUGAUGAAAUAGGUGAAGAUUAUGAGGAAGGCAUGCCAAAUGCUGAAGAUACUCGGCUUCUUGACAAUAGUGGGUGGUCUUCUCGCACCAGGGCUGUUGCCAAGUACCUUCAAACUCUAUUUGAUAAGGAAGCAAGACAUGGAAGAAAGGUCCUGCUAAUGGACAGCCUACUAGUUGGUAAAACUCGCAAGGAGGCAUCAAGAAUGUUCUUUGAAACAUUGGUUCUUAAAACGAGGGAUUAUGUCCAUGUUGAACAGGCGAAACCUUUUGAUAAUAUCAAUAUAAAGCCGCGAGCAAAGCUAAUGAAAUCGGACUUCUGACCUCGUGUAGGAAAGGCAGACGCAUUUGAUAAAGGGCCACAUAGUCCUAGCUUGGAUGAUGGUUGGGCAUAUCAGCUUCUUUUUUUGUCAUUAGAUUUUUUCCCCCUUCAAAUUGCUUUUUUUUUUAAAUUUUAUUUUGUUUAUGUAACUGUAGAAGAGUAGUGGGGUAAGGCUGCACGUCACCAUUUUGAUUAUAUAACAAAAUUGAUGUAAUGUAGAUCAUAUGUGAAAAUGUGUAAAAUAUUACCAUAUUGCAAGUAUAGAUGCUAAUUGAAAUUGGUUGCCUGUAUAA